CGUCUCUAACUCAAAUACGACGCACGGUUUGCUCUUGUUCAAGCUAGUUGUGGUUGUUGCUCUUGUUGUUGUUAUUGUUUCUUGUUAUUAUUGUUAGUACAAUAUUUGAUUAUUGAACGUAUUUGGUUUCGGUUUCGAUUCAUUUAUCGAGAUGUCGAAGCGCAAAUACAAGAGUCCCGUUAACAAUUAUUUCAUCUAUAACUACGAUAUACACAAGAGCACAUGCAAAAUUUGCUAUUUCGAUAUGGCCGGUCGCCAGAACCUGAUGAGACAUCUGAAGCGCAAGCACCCGGCCACGUACAGCGAGAUGGUGAUCGAAAGGCAGCGACGUCGAUCCGCCAAUCGGCCGCAUCAAACCGGUAAAAAAGCAGCAACCGAUCCGACAACAGCAACGUCGGCCACGUCGACAUCGACUUCCUUAGCAGCAGCAGCCGGUGGUCCGUUGUCAUCCAUGUUCAAAUUCGAAACGGAACCGCAUAAAUUGUUCAUCAAAUCAGAAAAAUUGACAUUCCGACUUGAUGAACCUGGCCAACAACCGCAACAGGUAACAACAAACUAUACUAAUCAAAUAGAUCGUUAAAUUAACAGUAGAAAACAUCCCCUUUAAUGGACAACUCUAUUAGCCGGUUAACUCCUCUUAAUAUGUUUCCUGAACAAUUUCGCCUCUUUUAAGUGGACUUCCCCCAGUUUUCACUGCAGUAUAGACCAGCUUUAUCAAUAAUC